AGGCACCCCAAGCAGGACUCGAACCCCAGACCCACGGGAGAGCCCCCCACGAAGGCAGCAGUUAACCACUGUUCUACCAGCUGUCCCAACUUCCAGAUGUUCAUUGUCUUCUUCUGUGCAUAUUUAUUACUUUAUUUCUGUUUAUUGGGCUGCAAACGCAGUGAAAACAUGCGAAGCGCACACGACCUGGCUGAGCGGGACCAAGCGGCUGGAGGCACUGACAUCAUGAUCAUCACCUCCUGCUCCAUCAUGUCCCAAUCUCAGCAUGAAGACGGCCAACAGUGUGUGUUAAUCCUGGAACAGAGACGACGACUCCUUUCCUUCCCCCCAUCUGAACACCCUUCAGUGUCACUGCACAGCCUCCCAUGUGAAUCACAGUGCUUUGGGGACACGGUGACCUCUUACUCUGAGGACUCAGCAGCACUCAUGGAUAUGUGUGUAAAAAGUGAGCCUGAAGAUGAGCACAUUUCCCACCCUAGAUAUUGUGCUGAUGUCCACAGCUUCGGUGCUGAAGAGAUGGGCUCAGGGCUGCACCUGGAUACCGAGCACAUUAAAUCUGAGAUUUUCACGGUCAAAAUAAAGGAGGACAAUACAGAUCUACAGCUGUGCAGCACCACUGAGAAGCUCAGUCUUCCCUCAGAGCCGUUAAACUGUUUUACUGGUUGUUUAGCCAAACAGUAUAAAUCGGAUAGAGGUGAACUCAAGGUAGAGCAGCAUUCUCAGUUACAAGAACCUUCCCGUAUAGAGGAGAAAGUUGAUGAAGCUUCUCAUAAUGGGAUAAAAGAAGAGUAUGCAGAUUUACUGGUGAAUAAAUUAAGCAUUUUUCCUUGCUCUUUGUCAAGACUUUGUAAGGUAGAGAUAGUUGAAAGUAACAUUGACCUGCAUUCUCAGUUACAGAGUCACUGUACUACAGAGCCAGCAGUUAUGGAAGCUGCAGUCUACAGUAUUAAGGAGGAGUCUCCGGAUCUACAGGUGAAUGCAAUAAGAUCAGUCCCUUGUUCAUUAUCUGUACAAUAUAAAUCUGAGACGCAUGAAGUUAAGGUAGAACCGUAUUCUCCACUUCAGGAACCCACUAGUGCAGUGUCGACAGCUGAUAAUAGUGGUACCAGUAAAUGGCAAUGUUUUCAGUGUAGAAAGGUUCUUAAGAGCCAGUCAGGUUUGAAAGUCCAUUUGCAGACUCAUUCUGGUGACAAAUAUUGUUGCAUGCAGUGUGGAGCAACUUUUUCUCGCGUUUGUCACUUAAAACGACACCAGCUUCUUCAUUCUGGAGCAAAACCGUAUAAAUGUAGUCAGUGUGGAAAGACUUUUUCCCGAAGAGAUGCAUUAAAACAGCACCAGUUCAUUCAUUCACCUGAGAAGCAGUGUACACAUAGUCAGUGUGGGAAGAAUUUAUCACUGCUGGAACAGUUAAACCAGCACCAGCCAUUUCAGUGCAAGAAAAAAUAUAAAUGUACUUACUGUGGAAAGAAUUUUUCUAGUCAGAAUUAUUUAAAAAGACAUGAGUUCUUUCACUCUGGUCUUAAACCAUAUAAAUGUAAUGAGUGUGGAAAGAAUUUUUCUCAGUCUUGUAACUUAAAACAGCAUCAGAUUAUUCAUUCUGGUGAAAAACCAUAUAAAUGUAGUGAAUGUGGCAAAAGUUUUUCCCUUAGAGGUCACUUGAAACAGCACCAGCGUAUUCAUUUCGGUGAUAAACCAUUUCUGUGUAAUCAUUGUGGGAAGUGUUUUUCCAGAGGAGAUAACUUAAAGCUCCAUCAGCGUGUUCAUUCUGGUGAGAAACCAUAUGAGUGUAAUGAAUGUGGGAAAAGUUUUCUCAGAGAAGAUCGCUUAAAGCAGCACCGUCGUGUUCAUUCUGGUGAGAAACCAUACAUAUGUAGCGAAUGUGGAAAGAGUUUUUCCCGAGAAGAUCGAUUAAAACAGCACCAGCGUGUUCAUUCUGGUGAGAAACCAUAUAAGUGUAGUGAAUGUGGGAAAAGUUUCUCUCGAGCAGAUCGCUUAAAGCAGCACCAGCUUGUCCAUUCUGGUAAAAAAUGAUAUACACUGAGCUUGUUUGGAAAGAGCUCUUCCCAGUUUGGCAGGUUAGAAGCAUUAGCUUGUUCAUUCUAGAGAAAAACUAUAUAAAUGUAGUAAAAUGUGAGAUCGUUGAAGGGCUCCUGGUGUUUCAAAGUGUUGAACCUUCAUCCAGAAGAAGCUGUAACUGUGUAAGAUUGUCAUGAUCUCUUAAAAAUUGCUUUAUGUUACACUACGUGACUCAAAAUGUAGCAAGCAUAAUUUUGUAAUAUAUUACUUUUUUGGUUACAUUUAUUAAAACAUGA